AUGUCAUCGUAUCAAUUUCCACCAACUGCUUCAUCAGCUGUUCUUCCUGUUUGUUUGUAUGAAACAAAUGGUCGAUUAAUUUAUGGUACAGAGGAGGAAUUGCAUAAAAUGGAAGAGAAUGCAUUGUUACGUGCAUUUCCGAAAAUUGAAAAUGGAUUAUUGAAUCGAUUGCAACAAUCAUUAUCGCGUGAUAAUAUUCGCGAAACAUUUGUGGACAAUCAACAGAGCCGAUUUCAACAAGCCAUAAGUAAUUGGGCAACCAAAGGUAUCGAUAGUCUGGUUGAUUGUGUUCGAAACGCUGUAAGUGGUACCAUUCCCUACAGUAAUUUGAUUUUAUCCGCCGGUCAGAUCUUCACUAAAGCUCAAACUGAUAUUACAAAUGUUUUUGCUAAAUCCGAAGAAAGCUUAUAUAAUUCCAUCAUGAAGACUUCAUCUACAUUAAAUUGGUUAACAAAUUGGGUUCGUUGUAUUGCAGUACAUAAUGGUGGUCAUCGAAUUGCAGUAUGUCAAAAUAAUGAUUGUAUUAGAAUAUUUUGUUGCGGCUCUGACAGAUUACCCGUUACUUUAAUGCAUCAGUUUCAGCGAAAUGUGACUGAUAUGGCUUGGAAGCCUUUUGAUCGUACGGUGCUAGCGGUGGCUUGUACCCAUGCUGUGUUAAUUUGGAGGCUUGACAAGCAAAAUUUUAAUAUUCGACCAUCAGUUAAUUGUGCAGAUGUCAUCGAGAUGUCAUCACUUGCUCCAAUCACUCAGUGUUUUUGGGAUUCUGUUUUUGAUCAAGCUUUAUUUAUUGUUUCAGCGUCAUCAUCGAGUUUGCAAGUUCUGGAUACAAGUAAUGGUGAAAGUGAACUAGUUGGUUCGUGGGCUGGUGGUCGUAUUCGUCAUGUAUGGAUUUCCCCCAAUGGUGGUAAAAUAGCUGUUGCAUAUGAUGGAAAUAUGAUAAGUAUUUACGAUCGUCAUUCAUGGCAUGAAGAACGAUGGAAAAAAUUGAAAGGUCUUUGUAUGGCAGCAGUUUGGACUCCCUUAAGUGAUGUAUUUUUUUUUGCAACACGUAAUGAGCCCUUCAUUCGUGGCAUUCAUUUCGUUAAAAAGUUACAAAAUAUGAAGAAUGAUCAGUUAUCAUACGGAUCCGAAGUUGCUAUCCCUGUAUAUGAUCUUUCGGAAAUGAUAUUAGAACAUCCGGAUAAUGGUAGAGAUGCUAGUAAUAGUAAUAAUAGUAGUAUAUGCAAGAUCGAUGGAUAUAUUCGUGAUAUGAAGAUUUCUCCUGAUGGUCAGCGUAUCGCUGUUACUUUCAGUGAAAAUCCGGCAGUUAUUGCUCUAUUUGUGGUUGAAACGAUGCCAUCAUUCUUUUUUGCUCCUUGUGGAUUGAUAAAUGGAGCAGCAAAUUUUGGCCCAGCAACCAUCUUAUCAUUUUUCCCAAAAUUCCAAUAUGGUUCAUUGCUGAUUGUUGUUUGGUCUGCUGGGAAGAUGCAAUACAUUCCAUUAUUGUACGGUUUUCUUGCCAAUGAAGGGAUUCAUUUAAAUCGUACCAAGGAAGAGAAGUUAUUGAAUGAAAUAUCAACAGAACAGUUACUGGUCCAUGAAUCACAGCGGUUUGGAAAGGUAAAUUCAAGGAGUAACGGUCAAAUGCAAAGAACGGGACUGAGUAGUAGUAGUAGUGAUAGUGGUAGUCAUAGCCGAGAGAAUGCUAAUAAAAAUUCAACGACAACUUCAAAUGUGGAUGUAAAGCUGUUCUCUUCGGUGGGACUGUACGAUUUAUUAACUCUGGAAAGUGCUAAAAAGAAAUCUGAUAUUGUCAAUUGA